AUGGGAACAUCAUCAAGUACGAUUACUACAGAAAAUGUAGUUUCCGAUGAAGUAUUUGUCAAAUCUCGCAGAGAAGGUGAUCUUUUUGUUAAUUCUUUUAAUCCAGAAUUUAAAAUGCCGGAAUUUGGAACAAUUUUACGUUGGAAGUUCGGUUACCCAAAUAAUACAAAUUUACCGGCUAACCUUGAACUAUUAGACGAGACAUUACCAGUAUUAAAACCUAAACCAGAUGAAUUAUUAAAAACUUCGCCUGGUCUACGUUUUGUUUGGAUUGGACAUGCAUCAUGUCUUGUACAAAUGGAUGAUUUUUUAUUUCUAACGGAUCCUGUUUUUAGUGAUCGAUGCGGUAUAGCAUCAAAUAUUGGACCAAAGCGUUUUCGUCCACCAGCAUUAACAGUAGAUGAUCUACCUGAAAAUCUUGAUGCUAUAGUUAUAUCACAUAAUCAUUAUGAUCAUUUGGAUUAUCCUAGUGUUCAAAGUUUAAAUGCACGUUAUGGAAAUCGAUUAACAUGGUUUUGUGGUCUAGGGGGAAGAGAAUGGUUUCUUGAUUGUCAUGUAGAGAAUGUUAUUGAACUUGACUGGUGGGACGAACAUCAACAUCCAAAAAAAGAACAUGUUACAAUAGCAUUUUGUCCUGCUCAGCAUUGGUCUCGUCGCAGUGCUUUUGAUUUAAAUAAAACUCUUUGGGGUGGAUAUGCUAUAUGGAAUAAAAAUCAUAAAUUUUACUUUGCUGGUGAUACUGGUUAUACUCAUAAUAUACCCAUAUUUAGGCAAAUAGGAACAAGGUACGGCCCCUUCGAUCUAAGUGCUAUACCCAUAGGUGCAUAUGAACCUCGUUGGAUGAUGGAAUCACAACAUGUAUCACCCGAUGAAGCUGUACAAAUUCAUAUUGAUAUUCAAUCGAAAAAAUCAAUUGGUAUACAUUGGGCUACAUGGGCAUUAGCUAAUGAAAAUUAUUUAGAACCAAAAGAAAAACUUGUUAAAGCCAUGGAAAACAAAAAAUUAGAUGUGCAAUCAUUUUCUGUUGUUAAACAUGGCGAAAUUAUUGACUUACCCUAG